UUGGCUCGUGUUGCCGGGCUACACAAACGAGCCCAUUCAGGGGAUUCUUUAUUUUAUCUCAUAUUUUAACGUAUUUAAUAAUUUAGAAAUUAUAACAAAAUAAAACUAAAAUAACUAAAAAUUAGUCACAGUAAACCAAACAUCCAUUCCUUCAUCCCGUGUCCGCCGCCGGCGAGUCUACCCAGCCGCGGGGCUCGGUGCCCCGGCCAUCCAUCCCCUGCGAAUCUCGAUCCGCCCUCAAAGGGAGUCAAGCCUCCUCCAGCCUUUCCUUUCAAAUCGGAUUUGUUUGCUCAAGUUGCAAGAUGGAUAAGAGGACCAAGGUUGCAGUUUGUGUUGCUGCUGCACAUAACUUACUGUCAAUGAUGGCCGUGAUUAUUGCGUCUAGAAAAAGAAAACGAAAUGCAAGGAGCGCACAGAUUACCUAUGCACCAUUGCAUGUGAGUGGUACAGGCUGGGAUGAAGAUAAUUUUGUUAUUACUCUGGAUGAAGAGCACUAUAAUGGUUAUGUUAAGGAUGACAAAAGCGAUGCUGAUUGUUUAAACAAGCCUUUUGAACACUUUGAUGAGAUGCAAACAAUAUUUGGAAAUACCAUGGCCACAUGUAAGUUUGCAAAGGAUUCCAGUGCAGGUCUAGGUGAAGAUGAUGAAACUGAAAAUGAAGAGGUGACGGCACGUGCUUUCACUAAAAGGCAGUUCGCUUGUGAUGAUAAUGUCGCAACAUCUUCUGCAAGCAAGAGCAACAAGAAGGCAAAAAAACGUGACAGUGAAGAGGAGUUGAUUGCUGCAUUCAAAAGUGUCGCGGAUAAGCUAUCCAAUGCUAUUGAGAAGGUUGCCACAUGGGACACUGAUGUACCAGAUGAUCUUUUUGACAAUUUGCUAAACCUUCCAGGUUUUGAGCAGACCCACAUAUCUCUGUAUUUCAAUUAUUUGGUGGCGCACCCUCACAUUGCUAGAGCCUUCAACAAGUUGCCGUUCGACCACAAGUUAAUUUGGGCUCGCAAUUUCGCCAGUGAGAAGUUCUCUAGAGUGUGAGGGUAAUUAGUAGGUAGAUUUGGGCGGCUCUUUUGCUUGAACCACAUCGAACAAUGAAUUGUGGGCUAAGUACGUGUGGAUUUUGUAGAAGCCUUGAACUUGAUAUUAUGUGCAAGGCUAGGACACAUUAUUAUGUGUGCUGUGUGGAGUUAAUAAUAUGUGUUUUGUGGACUUAAUAUUAGUUGUAACAUAUCCUGAGAUGGGGGCAAUGGCUAUAAGCUUUUUGGUUGAAUUCC